AAAUUAAUAAUGAUUAUGCUUUGACCUUUUGGCCUUCUUAUAGCUUAACGUUACUUUUGCUCGAAUCGAACUCAGCGCUGCAAAGAUGACAGCUUUUGCAGAGUUGGGCAUGAUGCCUGAGAUAGUGCAAGCCAUUGAGGAAAUGGAAUGGCUACUCCCAACGGAUGUUCAAGCGGAGGCUAUCCCUCUUAUUCUGGGGGGUGGUGACGUUCUCAUGGCAGCAGAGACGGGUAGUGGGAAGACGGGAGCAUUCUGUCUACCUGUCAUACAGAUAGUACACGAGUCACUCAAGGAAAAGUCAGGGGGUGGGCAGCAAGUGGGAGGUGGGGACGCUUCUAAGAAGGUCGUCAUGAAUCCUUACGACAGAGGAGAUAAACUAGCUAUAUCGUCUGAGGGUCUCCUGAUUCAGUGCCGAGAGCAGAGGGCGUGGAAUGGGUGUCGGUCAUCUUCAGGGGUGGGUGGGGGCAAAGUCUACUACGAGGCCAUAGUUACGGACGAGGGACUGUGUCGAGUAGGGUGGAGCAUGGGACACGCCUCAUUGGAGCUAGGAAAAGACAAGAAUGGAUUUGGUUUUGGAGGAACAGGCAAGAAAUCGUACGCUAGUCAGUUUGAUGACUACGGAGAGGCAUACGGUAAAGGAGACACUAUUGGUUGCUACCUGGACUUGGACAGUGGGGUGGUGGGAUUUAGCAAAAAUGGUGUGUAUUUGGAGGACGCUUUUCAAGUGCCUAAACAACUCAUGGGCCAGACAUUCUAUGCAGCUGUUGUCCUCAAGAAUGCAGAGAUGCAGUUCAACUUUGGAGACCAACCGUUCAAGUACCCCCCUGAGGCAAGCUAUGGCUACACACCACUGUCAAAGUCUACACAGCUAGUACAAGCCAUGGCGAUGUCUGCUCGUCCCAGCAAGCCGGGGUCUCCGAGGGCACUCAUCAUCGAGCCUGCCCGAGAGUUGGCACAACAGACUGGUGAUAACAUUCACCUGUUCAGCAAGCACCUCUCAGCACCGCGCAUCAGAGAUCUGCUGGUGAUGGGCGGAGACAGUGCUAAGGAUCAAAUAAAAGCAUUACAAGCAGGUGUGGAGAUAGUCACUGGUACUCCGGGUCGCCUUGACGACCUCAUCACCACUGGCAAACUGGACCUAUCAGCUAUUCGCUUUUUUAUUCUGGAUGAAGCUGAUGGCCUUUUGAGUCAAGGCCAUGGAGACCUGAUCAACAAAAUCUUUUCGAAGAUACCUAAAGUGUCCCCCGAAGGGAAGCGACUACAGAUGGUCGUAUGCUCAGCUACCCUGCACAAUAUUGAAGUCAAGAAAAUGGCGGACCGACUGCUCCACUUCCCGACGUGGGUAGACCUGAAGGGACAAGACUCGGUCCCGGAGACUGUACACCAGGUACUGUGUUGGGUGGACCCCGUUAAGGACGCCUCCUGGAGGUCCCUCGAGGGAACAAGGGUCAAUACGGAUGGGAUCCAUUCCAAGGACAACAAGAGGUCGUCCAAUCCCGAGUCCCUCUCUGCGGGUGUGAAACUGCUCAAAGCCGAGUAUCUGGUCAAAGCCAUCAACGAACACAAGAUGGAUCAGGCUAUCAUCUUCUGUAGGACAAAGCUGGACUGUGACAACAUUGAGGCUUACCUUUUGUCCCUCGGAGGAGGUCCUAAGGCGAUGGUGAAUGAGUACACGUGCGUGUGUCUCCAUAGUGAUCGUCGUCCGCAGGAAAGAAAGGAGAAUCUACAAUCAUUCAAAGAUGGGGAGGUGCGGUUCCUCAUCUGCACUGACGUAGCUGCUAGAGGUAUUGACAUUCGUGGUAUACCUUUUGUCGUCAAUGUCACUCUACCCGACGACAAGCAGAACUACGUUCAUCGUAUUGGGAGAGUGGGUCGAGCUGAGAGAAUGGGACUGGCCGUAUCGCUAGUGGCAACUGUCAAGGAGAAGGUAACGUCACUAUCCUCCCUGCCUAGGUGUGGUACCACAAGUGUGCUAAUAAGGGGCGUGGCUGCUACAACACAAGCCUGUUGGAGGACGGUGGCUGUGCCAUAUGGUACAAUGAGCCGCAGUUCAUUGCCGACAUCCAGGAACAUCUGGGUGUCUCCAUUCCAGUCGUUGAAGACUCAUUCCAAGUCCCCGUGUCAGAAUAUGAUGGAAAGUGUUUUGUGGGCUUUUUUCUGCAGGUUAUGUAUGGAGAGAAAAAAUCAACAAAAAGUGGAUCGAAAGGUCAUGUAGCGGAGUUGGCAACUUCAGUCCAAGAACUAGCCAAAAUGGAGAAACACUCUCAAAGUAUUUUCUUAAAAAUGGCAACUGAUAAGAAAUGGUUCCUCUAGCUAGCUCAAGUUUACAAAGACUGCUUUUGAUUUUUUCUGAUCCUCUGUACUGUAUUGAAUUGUACUCCUGAUUGCUAUAUAAAUAGACAACAAUUUAUUUAUGAAUGUUCUAUCUCA